GCCAUAGUUGGGAUACAUUUUACGCAGAAGGAUACGAAUAUGAAAGUCAUAUUCAUAGCACUAAUUCAAUGUAUAUCCAUAAUAAAAGGAAUUCAAUGUGGACUUACAAGGCCCUUUCUUGCAAAAACAACAAUUUAUGAAACAAUAUUAAAUGGAAAGAUUCUGCGAAAUGCUGAUAUCACGACGGUGUUUGUUGACGAUGCUCUAGAGUGUCUUAGAGAGUGCAAUAAACUGUAUACGUGUGUCUCAGUGAAUUUUAAUAUAAUAGACACCGGCUCUGGUGGCAAAGAGUGUAUGCUGAAUAAAGAACUCAUUGCGGAGGAAUCGGAACUUCAGGAUGACAUUUCAUACCAGUUUAUACAGAUGUCCAAACAAAAUUUUACAAAUUUUAGAACUCAUUGUUCCAGAGAGGGCGGGACGCAGAUGUGUAUCACAUGUCCAGAGUCUACUUCACUGCGAUAUCCUUAUUACAACUACAUUUAUAACGGCCAUUGUUAUUGGUUUGGUGCCAUUGGCAGAACAAAUGGAACCGAUGCUGCAGUACGUUGUCAAGAAGCAAAUGGCUACCUGGUCUCCAUCAACGACGAGGCAGAACAUACUUUUUUGGCCAGUAUUGCUGUUAAGCGGAUAACAACACACGGAGGGCAAACUUACAUAGGAUUGCCUCAGAAAUCCCCGACUGAAAACAUUCAUGACACUUGGGCUGAUGGAACGCCUGUCGAAUUUUCAAGGUGGCGGACAGGAUAUCCUUCUAGUGUUGAUGAUGCGUGUGCAAUACUGGAAUCAAGUAGUGCAUUAUGGCGAGACUAUGGUUGCGACGUGACAAGACCGUAUAUAUGCGAGACACCAGCUGUUGCCGUAUCAUUGGAUGGUCCCUAUUAUCUCCAGCCUUACAGUGAUGGCUCGAGUUACAUCGGGUUACAGAACACUGAUCAACUUUGGCUCUCCAACCAUCUGAAUAGCUCGCAAGCUUUCUACUUUCAAUCACCCGGAAUCACGUGGCAAAAUGGCACAGUCACGCUAUUCUCGGACGACAACACGGGGAACAUGAUGCGCGUAGUUGGCGGGCCAGGCUAUUUACAGAACUGGGCGGAUCGUUCAAGUAAUGGGAAUUUCGCGGAGGAAACAACGUUCACAUUGUCGGAAGAUGAAUUUUUUCCUGAUUUUGUAACAUUACGUAUUCAUGGGAAGUACAUGGUGGUCUCCAAUGGGCAGCUGGUUUCGCAAGCGUUCCUGGACACGGACGCAUUUAAAAGCAGUGCAAGCUUUAAACUGAUCGCUGCUCCUUGAAGAGAAUCAAAUAUUCCCAAUCAAACAAAAUUAUGUGCAGCCCGAUCGUACAACUUCAUCAUAUUAAAACAUACAUACAUAUAUAUAGGCCUAUGUUUUACGAUUUGAAUAUUAUAAAAUAGCACCCUGAACUAAACAAGACAAAGAUGGCAGACAAACGGAGUGAACAAAAUUAAAAAUUUAAAACAAAUAAUGUGGAUGAAUUCUUCGUAAACACUGAAAACGAACACACCACAAAGAAAAAACAUAUACAGUUGCAAGUUAACAGAUCGGCACAUGGGAUACAUGCUUAGUUACUAAUUCAAACCUAAUCAGGUAUAGAAUACAAAAGUUAUGCACGGCCCGAUGCACGGUCGGUUUUGAUAAGAAAAUAUCCUUUAGUUUGGGAUAUACAAAUCUUCUUUCUCGGUCCCUUUGUGCCCUCGGGAAGAUAUAUUGUGUAUCCCUAAGGAUAUCCAUGUAUCCAAAACCUCCCAGUACAUAAACCCUAUAUAUGAUCCUA